AUGUCCAAGUUAAUACUUAGUCCAUUAUCUUUUUUUUUAUGCGGCAAUGGACGUAAUUAUUGCUCCAGAAUUAUAAAGGAAAAUAAAAGUGUUUCUUUCCUACUCCGGAGUGCUAACAAGUGUCAUAAUAAGAAUGCCAAUAACAUUUUAACUUUGAUAUCGUCUAGGAACUUAGUAAAUUUAUCCAAUUCAUAUAAUCCAAAAAAUAAUAUUCAAAUCAACUUUCCAAAAAACAUUUCCAAACAUUCCACACAUAUAAUUAGUUCAAAGAGAUAUUUUACGGAUACAACAACAAAAGAGAAAAAGGACCCAUCCUCACCCAAUACCAUAUCUUCUACCUCAAACAAAUAUGAGAAUAUGAAUGGGGCAUCAUCAAAUAAAUCAUUUUUGUUACUGUUUGCAAUAUUAGGGCUGUCUUUAAUUGGGUUAUUUCUACUUCAAUACAAAAAUAGUUUAAAAUCAGAACAACUCUUCGAAAAAGAUUUGCAAAAAUUAAAUGAUAAGCUAUCCCUAACACCAGACCCAAAUGCAGAAACCUAUGAGAUGGGAUUAUUUGAUAGUUCGCAACAGAGUCUGAAACAUAAUACGAGUGGUUUCUGGUCCAAUUUUGCCAUGAAAUUUGUUAUAGAACCUAUUUUGAUAGUUAGCAGGUUUUUUAAUUUAUGUUUCAUUUUUACGCCAUUGAUAAUUUCAUAUCCUUUUUUCCACGAUCAUAUCAAGUGGUACAUAUUAUUAAGGCAUUCCUUAGAAUUUGCUGGUCCCAGUUUUAUCAAGUUAGGUCAAUGGGCCGCUAGCAGAACAGAUAUAUUCCCAGAAAAUUUGUGUGAUGAAUUAGGUAAACUACAUAGCAGUGUUAACCCACACAACUGGAAGUAUACCGAAAAAAUACUAAAGCAAAUGUUACAUACUAAGGAUUUAUCAACAGUUUUUAAUAACAUAAAUAAAUCUCCAAUUGGUUGUGGUGCUAUUGCACAAGUUUACAUUGCAGAAGUUAAACAAGAUUUCAUUGACAGAAACAACUUAGAUAUUAAAAGCUAUAAGAAUAGAGUCUGUAUAAAAAUAGUCCACCCAAAGGCCUAUAAAAUUAUUCAGCGUGAUUUAAAAAUUAUUAACUUUUUCGCCAAUUUAAUUGACAAGUUACCUAACAUGGAAUGGUUAUCAUUGCCUGUUGAAGCACAGCAAUUUUCACUCUUUAUGAAUUUGCAGUUAGAUUUAAGAAUAGAAUGCGCAAAUUUAAACAGAUUUAAUAAAGAAUAUGAAUCGAACUUGUUAGUUAAAUUCCCCAGAGGGAUUCCAGAACUAACCAAAAGAAAUGUUUUAUUUGAGGAAUAUAUAGAUAGUGGUGUACCAAUGAAUAAUUUUUUAUCGAUUAAAAAACAGAUGCUUGCAGCACCCAAUUGUAAUAUGACGGAUGAAGACCAAGAACAUCUGAAUUACUUGUUCAAAAAAGUUAGCGAUCCGUUUAUUGAUUGUUUCUUAGACAUGUUGAUCACGAAUGACUUUAUUCAUGCAGAUUUGCAUCCAGGAAAUGUCAUCGUCCAAUUUGUAAAUAACAACAAUUUGACACAAAUUCCGCAAGAAGUUACCGAUUUGAUUAUAAGAUUAAAACAAACUGAUUCAGACCAGACGGAAAUAUUGAAGGAAUUGUUAAAUAAUUAUACUCCAAGAAUAUGUUUCAUAGACGCAGGGCUAGUUACCGAGUUGAAUGAUAGAAAUAGAGUUAAUUUCAUAGCUUUGUUCAAUGCAUUGGCCACCUUUGACGGAUACAAAGCAGGUAAGUUAAUGAUUGAAAGAAGCAGGACACCAGAAACUGCAAUUGACGUGGAAGGUUUUGCAAAAAAAGUUUCUAAAUUAGUGGAUAAAGUUAAACAAAGAACUUUCACCUUGGGGUCUGUAUCAAUUGGUGAUUUGUUGGAACAAAUGCUAACCAUGGUUAGAAAACAUCAUGUUAGGAUGGAAGGAGAUUUUGUGAGUGUUGUCGUUGCGAUUUUAUUACUAGAGGGAAUUGGUAGACAAUUGGAUCCUGAUUUGGAUUUAUUUGCAAGGUCAUUGCCUAUGUUACGUGAGUUUGCUAUGAAACAAAAGGGUAGAGAAGUUUUACUCGAAGGUACAGAAGGGAAAGUGUAUAAAAUGUUUGGUUUAUGGCUAGGUUUAGAACUCAGAAGCAUAAUGACAGAAUCCGUUAAAGAUGUAUGUAAAAUUAUUCAACUAUUAGAUCUUUAA